CCCUCCGGCUGGGGGCGGCCGGGUCGGCCCUCGCCGGGAUCCCAUUCCUCCUCCCUCGGUGCAUGGUCGCGGCGGGCGCGGAGGAGGGAGAGCCCGGCGGGGCGCGGGCCGGAGGCGGCGGCGAGAGCGGAGCCCCAGCGCGGAGGAGCCGCCUCUGCCCGGCAGAGGCUGCUGGGGAGGAGGGGUUGGGAAGACAGCUGAAUGUUCAGAUGUGUGAGUGGGCUGUGCUGUCAGCCCUGAACAGUCAGAGUGCCCUUGCUGCCUGAGCAGGUAUUGCCAGGCAUCUGAAGUGGUUAACUAAGACCUAAGGAAUUGGAACAGUGGUGUGUGAUGUCAAACAGUGGGCAGUCCUUGCAGCCUCCCCCACCAGCCUUCAGUGUCAUGUGCCAGUAUGAAUAUUGAGAAAGAAAAGCAUACUUCAGAGCUCAGCAUCCCAGGAAGAAAAAAGGAGGAACUAAACAGAGAGAGCAAAUGAUUGCACUGCUUGCAAAUCUUGAGGCUGCUCACUUUUUCUCCUGAGAAGCUUCACCUCGGCCUUUGCGGGAGAGUCGAGAAAGCAGGCAGAGCAAUUUUUCUUAGGCUCCCUUCUUAAUUUUUUUGUUUUUUUUAAAUUUAAUUUAACACUUCCUCCCUCGCGCGCGCCGAGGCCGGGCCCUCACCAUGUGCCACGUCAUCGUGACGUGCCGCUCCAUGCUGUGGACCCUGCUGAGCAUCGUGGUGGCCUUCGCCGAGCUCAUCGCCUUCAUGAGCGCGGACUGGCUGGUGGGCAGGGCCAAGCCCCCCGGCCCCGAGGAGCUGGGGGGCAGCCCCGGGGCCCCGCAGGAGCCCUACCGGCCCACGCUGGGCCUCUACGGGCGCUGCACCAGGAUCUCCCACGUGCAGAUCUCCAGGAGGGACACGCUCUGCGGCCCCUACGCCGAGCACUUCGGAGAGAUCGCCAGUGGGUUCUGGCAGGCCACCGCCAUCUUCCUGGCCGUGGGCAUCAUGAUCCUCUGCACCGUGGCCUUCGUGUCCGUCUUCACCAUGUGCGUGCAGAGUAUUAUGAAGAAAAGCAUUUUUAAUGUCUGUGGGCUGCUACAAGGGAUUGCAGGGCUCUUCCUUAUCUUAGGCUUGAUACUUUACCCUGCAGGUUGGGGAUGCCAGAAGGCGAUAAGCUAUUGUGGACCUUAUGCUUCUGCUUACAAACUAGGAGACUGCUCCUUGGGCUGGGCUUUCUACACAGCAAUUGGCGGCACUGUUCUGACGUUCAUCUGUGCAGUCUUCUCGGCACAAGCUGAAAUAGCCACAUCCAGUGACAAAGUGCAAGAAGAAAUAGAAGAAGGAAAAAACCUUAUCUGCCUCCUUUAACUCCAGUAGGGGAAAAUACCGGCAUCUGGAUCUUUAUCUGCUUUCCACUGACUGGACGAGCAGAUCCAUUCACCUGUUUUUACCAUUCGUGUGAUUGAGCCCCAUGCAUUCCAGCCCUGAACUACUGAAAGGGUCUUUCUUCUUUGCUGGGCAAUGAGGAUCAGAGAAAGGAUCCCAAGAAAGCAGAAUGUACAUACUUGGGGAUAUUUUUAGUUGCAUUCUGUGAUCAGGACACAGUGGAAUAUAUUAAUCCGACAGGGGAUGUGAGUAAUCACAUGUAAAUAGCAGAAAUGUUGUUGACACAGACAAAUUCUGAUUGAUCGGAUUGCCUAACCCACCUUGGUCACUUUGAAGAAUUUGGUUCUAAAUAAUAAAAGCCAGCACAUUUUUUUUUUCUUUUCUUAAGCGAAAGAGAAGCCUAUUUUAAUGAGGCUUUGUUUCCAAGGGCUCCCCUCACUGGUGAAUAUCUCUUCACCAUCACCUAGUUUGGUACCAUUUUCAUGGAGGUGCUUUUUGGUACUGAACUUCCUAGAAAGUACAGUGCCAUCUUGGAUAUUAACUCUAUGUUGGAGAGAGCAAAGCUGACGUUUACACCAGUCUCCAGGCGUUUAGAAAGUCCAGUCCCUGCCAGGUUUCUCUCUCCUGAAACUUAGAGCACAAAGUGUGUGCAACUUGUUACUUAGCAGGUAAAUAUUGUUUCCACUGACUAGACAGAGAAGCUCCUGUUAGACUGGCUCUCACCUGAUUCAGAUAAAACUGAAAUAUUUCUACAGCCUUUAUUAAAACUUAAAUCCCAAGCAGACAACAGCUCCCCACAGCACCAGCCUUACCUGGGCUGCAGCCUCUCCUACAACUGUACAUUUCACAUUGCACCUCGACAGUGUUACUUUUUUUCCUCUUCUCAGUGAAAAGUCAUUCCCAGUAUACAGAUCAGUCUUGUCUGAUGGCCCAGAUGCAUAUGAGUCUUUAGGAAGUUUAGAUUUUUCAGGAAGCCCUAACAAAUUCUAUGUGUCUGGGAAGAUUUUUUUUUCCCUUUUUUUUUUUUUUUUUUUUUUUUUUUUUUUUUUUUUUUUUUGUGUGUGUGUGUGUGUGUAGUAGUAGUAACUAAAUCAGCAGAAAUUGAACAGACCUUGCCACAAAUGCCAUUUUUUUCCUCAAAGCCAGCUGGUUGUGUUAUUUGUGGUGUUGCUUCACUUACUGGAACUACUUCUGAUACCAAGCAAAGGAAUGAUGAAACUGUGCCAUAAGAGCAUUGGGGAUAAUUCAUCCGAGAAGUAGUUCUAAUUAAAUCCUGGGUGAAGUUUAGAUUCCUUUUCUUAUUACUUGGUAAUUUAACAUCAUCCAAUGACAGUGUUGCUUCACUGUUACACAGAGCAGAGAUUGUUUUUGCCCGGUCAGUCCCUUAAACUGUGCCAGUAGUUAUUAAAAAAUCGCUGUUACUGUCCAGGUGCUUUCAAGACACUGCUGAGUGCUUCACAACACAAGAGCUGCUCCGCAGUGCUGCCGGCGGGCCCGGGCAGCCUGGAGGAGAGGUGAACAGUCCCGAGUUGGGCUCCCCCUCCAGCACCUGCUGCCCACCAGACACGGAGCAGCUCCCAGCCUGUGCCUGUGGCACUGCAGCCUGCCUGCUGGACAGACACAGGCGACCUCUGAGACGCAGUGCAGCAAGGUCAACUUCUGCCUGUAUUCAAAAAGGGAUGGUUUUAACCUGGCCUCUUCUUGCAUUCACCUGCUCCCGCACCCCACAUCCACCAUAUUCUGCUUUAGAACAGGUAACUCACCGUUCGUUUAAAUAUUGAAUUUAAAUCCCCUUCAAAAGUUAUGGUCUGGGACCAACUGCCUGCACAAAUCAAGAUUUUAAUAAAGCAAAAUUACCAGCACAAAGCGGUGCCUUAGGGUGAAAAUCACAGCCCACAGCCCCUGUCUGCAGCAGUGUUUGUCUCGUUGGCUUUGCCCCAUACACACCCCCACACCUGAAGGACUGCACGGGGCUUGUGCCCGGGGUCCAGCAAGGCUUCCUCCUCCAGGCAUCCCUGCAGAGCCCCUGCCGGAGCUCUGCCCUGCCCUGGGGGCCCUGCAGCUGGGAAAGAGGGGGCAAGCAGCCGUGUGAGUACCAGCUGUAAGUGAGCUGCUGAGGAGAUGGACAGUUCCAGCUUCUUUAGCUGGGUGGCAAUCCAAAGUCCAGGUCACCACCGCCAACAAGUCUUGACACAGAAUUAGGGUGAAAAAUGCUGCUUUGGCUUAAGCAUUUAAUUAGUCAGAAUCAGGUCAGUUCUUACAAAGGUCAAAAAGGCACACUCUGCUCUAGCUCAGAAGUAAACAAUGAGCAACCUUCAUUCACGUUACUAGCUGACCUCUGCUGUGAUCCAUGUGACACUUAAAAAAAUUCAAUAUUACAUUUUGUUUGGGUUUGGGUUUUUUAAGUACAAAGGAGAGACUUUCAGUGGCACAUUUUGCUUUUGUUUGCAUUAGUAACUACGAAGAACCAGCUUUUCUGCUUGUUGCUGAUGUAUUAUCAGCUUGCUCUGCAAAAGCAUAAUUAACUAACUUGCAAAAAUAUCCAUGUUCAUCACACAGCACAGAUAGAAGACAGGCUGGGAAGAAAUAUAGAGGAGAAAUAAUCAGAAUUUCUUUUCUCAGGGUUCUGUUUUUCUAGCAAGUGAUAAGGUGGUAUAUAUUGCAACUUUUUUUUCCUGGAUGAGGUUUUCAGGUGCAGGGUGCACUCAUUAAUUUUCACAGCUGUUUAAAUUGCUCCUGAAAUUCACCUCAGUAAUGGCUUUCAAAGGCACUUUGGAAAAGAAAAAAAGAAAAAUCAGCUUAAAGCUAAUUUGAUUUCAUGAGGGGGCUACGGAGUGUAACUGCUUCUUAAUGUACAUGCACUGCAUAGGAACUAGAGGAAUUUGCUGUGGAUUCUUUAAAACCUGUGUGCUAAUUAGUUCAGUUUAACUUCGUUUUGUGGUAUUGAAGAUUUCUUCAAACAUCUGUGGUUUCAUCAGCUUCUUAAACUUAUAUUCAAUAAAGUGCCAUAGACCUUCUUUUUUUAAUUGUAGCAUAUUUAAAUAUAUAUAUAUAUAUAUAUACACAGACUUGUGUGAGAUGUGCAAUACAAGGAAUGGGUUUGGUGGGGUUUUUUUGGUUGUUUUAUUCUUUUUUUUUUUUUUUUUAAUUUUAGUUUUUGCUUUUGAACAAGUGAUUUGAAAAGGGACUUCCCAGGUAAGAAGUGGCUGGAAUUUGGUGGUGUGGAUAUAGAGUAAUGCAAUAAAAUCACUGAUGUUGAAGAUUAAUACAACACUAGUAACAGCAGCUUGAAGAUUUAACACAAAUAUCUUCUACAUAGAUUUGAUUUCUCAGAAUACAGACACUUCCAGUGUGAAGCUGUGUCCACCUCUGGCCAUUAACACUCUAAAAGCUAAAAAGGCUCAGCAAGGUUUCUUAGUGUGCUUUAUUUCUAAUGUGGCACUGCAAAAAACAUUGCUACUGAGCUAUUUCUGGGUUGUCUAUAUCACCUUUGUAUCUAUUUUACUCAAUAAAGUUCUCUGGAUUCUGAUUUUUUUUUCAGCCAAAUACUUUCCAUUUUGCAUUGUAACCCCCCACUGAAGUUUCCCACAUCCUAUUGUUAAUUGGGAGGAGUUCAGGCCUUCCUUGAAAGCCAUGGGCAGUGGUGCCUACACCUCAAGGAAAGGGCAGAGUCCAAAAAAAGCAGAACAUGGCAGCAAUGCAUACACAGCUCCUUGGAAUGGGAAGAGCGGCUGCAGCGAUCCAGCUAGAGUAGGUUUUGAGCCAUGGUUUAUUUGUGGUACUGUUUUUCUGUUCUUGACUCACACCACUAUGUACAUUUGUUAGCAUGAAUGAUGUACCUAAUGUCUUCUUUUUAAUCUAAAUUUCAAUUAAAUGUGAGUUUUUGAACUUUUAACAGGAGUCUGACUACCUUAAUACAAGCAUAUUGGACAAGUUGAGCCAAGCCAAGCUUCGAUUUUAGCUUUAAUAACAUUUAAGAUCCCAGUCCAAUGAUGUAUUUCAGAUUCCCAUCUGACUUAAACACUUAUUACUGCUUACUGAUCAGAAGUAUGUGAGCUGAAAUUGUAACUAUGUUAUACAAUACAGUUGCAUUAAAGAGAUUUUCUAAUUCAA